AAAAAAUACACCAAAAAUGUUCAAUAACAAAGUAGUGAUAGUAACGGGAGCAAGUUCAGGUAUUGGAGCGGCAGUGGCACAACUUUUUGCCAAAGAAGGUGCCAAUGUAGCAAUUGUUGCCAGAAAUCAUGCAAAACUUACAGACAUUGGCAAGAAAAUCGAAGCAACAGGCAAGAAAGCACUCAUCAUCCAAGCUGACAUCUCCAUCGAAGAAGAAGCUGGCACAGUAAUAUCAAAAACAAUCGACCAUUUUGGAAAGCUGGAUGUACUUGUCAAUAAUGCUGGCAUUAGUUCGCAAGGAUCUAUAAUGGACGGGAAAAUUAUAGAAGCGUAUGAUAAAGUAAUGAAGACUAACGUUCGAGCUGUUAUUCAUCUUACAAGCUUAGCUGCUCCAUAUUUAGCUAAAACAAAAGGGAACAUAGUAAAUGUUUCAAGCGCUGCCGCAUUCAGACCAAGCAAAGAACCAACGAGCUCACCAUAUUUCAUUUCUAAAGCAGCUUUAGAUCAUUUUUCGAGAUGUGCAGCUUUAGAAUUAGCGGCUGAAGGAAUCAGAGUGAACACAGUAAAUCCUGGGCCAGUAGACAACGAUUUUUUUAUUAACAACGGCGGUGAUAAUAGUCUUAAAAGUGAAAAGAAGAAAAUUAUGGAAGACUUUACUGCGCUUGGCUAUCUUUCGACGAAUGAAGAGAUAGGGGACGUUAUAUUGUUUUUAGCUAGUGACAAAGCUAAAAGUGUUACUGGAUCUAGCUAUUCUAUUGACAACGGUCUUCUUUUAAAGUAUUAA